AUGGCCGGAGCGACGUGGGCGGCGGCGCUGGCGGCGGCGCUGGCGCUGGCGCUGGCGGCGGCGGGGGGCGUGGCAGCUGGCGGCGGCGACGGGUUCAUCCGCAAGUACGCCAUGAUGAAGCUGCCUGGGGCGCGAAGUGGUGCGGCAGGUGCAACAGGAGCUGCGGGCGGCGUGCCGCGCAAUCGGGACGCCGCGCCCGCCCCGCGCCGCGUUUCCAACGCGCCCCGCGCGGCCUCCUCCUUCACGAGCAGCAAGCGUCGCAAGCGCCCGCCCGUCUCGGUGCCCUUCGACUCCGUCAAACUGCAGGAGGCCAUCAUGGGCUUCCGGCAGACGGCCUCCCCACCUGGCGGUGCAGUUUACCCAGGCGCUGCCCCUCCGGCCGGAUACUACCCAGCCCCCCAGGCGCAGCCCUUCGGGUACUACCCAGGCGGGUACUACCCGCAAGCGUAUCCGUCUGCUGCCGCCGCCUACCCGGGUGGGUACCCGGCCGCCGCACCCGUCUACCCGCAGCCGGCGCCCUACUACCCGGCUGCCUACCCCGGAGGCUACUCGGCCGGCGGGUACUACCCGGUACCGACGACCUCUGGACACCGCGGAUCGCUGGACGACGCCCUGGAGCCCAACUACGCGGGCAUCCAGGAGAAGCUGCGAGCGCUGCCCGUGGGCGAGGAGCUGCGCCGCGACUUGCUGGCCGGCGUCGACUACUGCCGCCAGUUCGCCGGCUGCCUGCCUGCGCAGGGCCCCGGCGGCCACGACGCGCGCCGCCUCUUCCGCUCCAAGUUCUUCUUCCAGUGCUACAAGCACAAGAAACUGGAGGCGUGUGUCAUGAAGGACGUGCGCGAGGGCUACGACCGCGACGAAGCUGAGCUGCGCUCCGCCGCCGCCGCCGCCGACCCGCAGGACCUGCAGGACGUCGCCAGGGACAUGUUCGACUUCCUGUCGGGCGCCGGCCUGGCCGAGGAGUCCAUCUACUAAGCCCCUCCCCCUCGCUCCCCAGCAAACAAGCGAAAGCGAAUGGACAAGUGUGGAAUGUGACGUAGAAAGGCUCCCACAGAGCGGCGCGGCCACCAAAUCCGCGGGACCACCCACACUUCAGCGUCAAUUGCGAUUCGGCGUUUCUUGACAGUUUUCCGCAUCCGAGAAACAAAGGUUAGGGAGCGGACUUCCACGAUUCUCGAGCGGCAGCGGUCCAAAAUCCGCAGGCAAUGAAACGCUGCCGCGACGCUCGGCUGCCGCGCAGGUCUGGACGUGCUCAUAGGGCAACGCGUAGGCUGCGGAUGUCCAGCGCCGGUCCGUGGGAGCCUUAGUGGAGGGAGCGAUUCAAAACGUCGCACUUGUUAACAUGUGCUAGGUUAGCUUUGCAAACAAGUAGCCAUUUUGAUAUCGCCGGUUUGUCUCGCUCGCGCAUUUCUAAGUCGACAGCGAGUCUCCGGCCUCUGGCAUCCGUGAUUAACAUAAAUCUUGAGUCCAGUCCACACGCGUAAUCAGCAAAGCAUUUUACACCGAAGUACAGAUACGGCUUAUCUUGACUCCCUUCCCUCCCGAAACUGUAUGACUUGAGUGCUUCUACCUAAAUAAAAUACGCGCAUUUCAUACCGUCCUAUUUUUCCAUUCAAGCUUUAGCUGUUUGUCAAAAUAAUCGCCUCCCGCGCCUUUCAGGAUUGCUGCUUCCGCGGCCCUGGCGCUUCGCGGCACGAACUCUCGCGGGACGUUGCGACACUUUCAGCUCUGGAAAGUAUCUUCACUGUUUGGAUACUGGAGGUAUCCACGUCGAUAAUAUUGUAGAAUCGAAACUGCAUUAUCGGUAUUGAUAUCUAUAUUGGUAUCGGUAGAGAAAUCAGUAUUAACAUCAAUAUGGAAUCUAUUGUUACACUCGUUAACACUUCAAGUGAUUUGCUCUUAAUGAAGCGUGUUUUUUUCCUGUGGGUGUUUUCUACAGAAAAUCUCAUUAAAGUGAACAAAAUAAAAGACCGUUACGAAAAUGAAAGCAAAUUAUAACAAUUUACAUAAUGUUUAAUAUAACCUUGAAAUUCUUUGUACAAGUAAAUUCAGCAUAUUUCAAAUAUUUUAAAUCGAGUAUCGAUACCAUCCACACUAGAAAGUGUCGGUUGAAAUUUUGUACUUUGCUUUAUAAUCAGUAUUGGUACAAAAUAUAUUGAAUCAAGAAUCGAAAUUUCCUUACUAUCACAGUUUCAUGAAAGUUCGAAAUAUGAGUGUUUUUACGUAGUACAUGUCUGUAUGUAAUCACACAAGUUUAAUUUCUGCCUCGUUAUAAAUAGCUAUUACAUCUGAAAGAAUGCGUAUCACAUGUACAAAGGGACGCUAGUUUUAGAGCAUACUAAUACUAAUUAAAAAUAACAUUCAGCAAUAAAUCUGCCUUGAUAUCACUGUCAGCAGAAACACUUGCUAAACUUAACCUCACGUUGAGGUAAUUUUUACAAGAGUUAAUAGUAUUUUCAAUAGUAGUGUUAAUACUUAAGCGAGUGUAUGUGUGUGUGUGUGUGUGUGUGUGUUUGUGUGUGUGAAUCAGAGAACAGAACAAUUGUGAUCUCUUCCUGUCA